GCGGCGCCGCUUCCCUGGCAGAACGCGCCACUCCUUCGUCCAGGCAGGACGUGUGUCUGAGCUCAGCCGAGCGAGACCAGCCGUGCCCAGCGGCUCCGGGACUCGGGCAUCCUCCGCCUUCUCUCCGCGGCUCCCGCACUCGCGUCCUGCGAACUUCUCACAGCCACCCCUCCGGGCCGACUGCUCCCGCUGCAGAGGCAACAUGCCCAUCCCUCGGAUGCGCAUGAGACCAUGGCUAGAGAUGCAGAUUAAUUCCAACCAGAUCCCCGGACUGAUCUGGAUUAAUAAAGAGGAGAUGAUCUUCCAGAUCCCGUGGAAGCACGCGGCCAAGCACGGCUGGGACAUCAACAAGGACGCCUGUCUGUUCCGGAGCUGGGCCAUUCACACAGGCCGAUACAAGGCAGGAGAAAAGGAGCCGGAUCCCAAGACGUGGAAGGCCAACUUUCGCUGUGCCAUGAACUCCCUACCGGACAUAGAGGAAGUGAAGGACCAGAGCAGGAACAAGGGCAGCUCGGCCGUGAGGGUGUACCGGAUGCUGCCACCUCUCACCAGGAACCAGAAGAAAGAGCGAAAGUCCAAGUCUAGCCGAGACGCCAAGGGCAAGGCCAAGAGGAAGUCCUGUGGAGAUUCCAGCCCGGACACCUUCUCUGAUGGACUCAGCAGCUCCACCAUACCUGAUGACCACAGCAGCUACACGGCUCAAGGCUACAUGGGGCAGGACUCGGAAGUGGAGCAGGCCCUCACUCCAGCACUGUCGCCGUGUGGUUUCCACCCCUGGCCAAUCCCUGCGGACAUCAUGCCAGAUAGCACCAGUGAACUGUACAACCUCCAGGUCUCUCCCAUGCCCUCUACCUCUGAAGCUGCAACAGAUGAGGAUGAAGGAGGGACGUUAACCGAGGACAUUAUGAAGAUGUUGGAACAGUCGGAGUGGCAGCAGACAAGCGUGGAUGGCAAGGGGUACCUGCUUAAUGAGCCUGGGAUCCCAGCUACUGGUUUCUAUGGAGACUUUAGCUGUAAGGAGGAGCCAGAAGUUGACAGCCCUGGAGGGGACAUUGGUCUGAGCCUACAACGUGUAUUCACGGAUCUGAAGAACAUGGACAGCAGUUGGCUGGACAGCCUGUCUUCUCCAGUCAGGUUGCCCUCCAUCCAGGCUAUUCCUUGUGCGCCAUAGCGGACACCCCUGGAUGAGCAGGACUUGGUGGCUGCAGUGUGGAGCAGCUGGACUCCUGGGUGGCCCCACUGUGGAGUGGGGUUGGGGCCCCCCUCUUUGGGCUGGUGGCUUCUCAGGGUCUGGCGGGCUCAUCUCGAAGGGACAAGCUCACUCCGCUUCCUGGAAAGAUGGGUUCUGAGACUGAUGCAUUGUGUGAAGGGCUUGGACAGGAGUACCCCUCUAGGUCCUCUCUCUGAGUCCAGCUGCCUGGAGAGGGUCUUGCUGUCACUAAACUGGCCCGAGGGGAAACAGACAAGUGACCUCAGAAUAGUACCUACCCCCAGGGCUGGCUCUGCACUAAGAGGUGAUUGCACUAAGUGAAUUCUAUUCCCAAAGGACUGCCUCCCUUCCCAGCUGAGCCCUGGGGACUGCUCCAAAGCCAGUGAAAUGUGAAGCAAAGAAGGGACCCGUGGCAUGGUGCUCCCUCAGCCCUGCUCCCUGCUAUGGCUGAGGGGCUUGGGAAAAAAUAUGGCACUUUCUCUGUGGCCCUGGCCUCGUUUCUGCUCAAAGGUGGACACUACCGUUUGCUCCAAGCUCCUGGCCUUUGCAUUUAUUUAUAUAGUGCCUUGUCUGGCGCCCAGUACACCCCCUUGAGCCCUGGGAGGGAAGUGGGGAGCACCUCGGUGUGACAUUGCAAAUUGGAAACGCCAUCUAACCACUAAGUCUUGUGUGACUGCAUAUGAAUAUAUCUGUAAAUAUGUACAUUUUUUUUCUUUUAUAAAAGGCUAAUUGUU